UCUCCUUGGCCUGACCCUACUGCAGGGGCUCUCUGUCCCCACCGACAGUGGAGAUGGCCAGUUUAUUGGGUUCCUCUCUGUCCAGCUGUCUCCCCUCCCUCCUCUUCCUCCUCCUCCAGUUGACUUCCAGCUCUGCAGGACAGUUCAGAGUAAUAGGACCAGGGCACCCCAUCCGGGCGCUGGUGGGGGAUGAAGUGGAAUUGCCCUGUCGCAUAUCUCCAGGAAAGAACGCUACAGGCAUGGAGGUGGGAUGGUAUCGGCCCCCCUUCUCCAGGGUGGUUCAUCUCUACCGAAAUGGCAAGGACCAAGACGAAGAGCAGGCACCUGAAUACCGGGGCCGCACACAGCUGCUAAAAGACACCAUUGCAGAGGGGAAGGUGACCCUCAGGAUCCGGAAUGUGAGGUUCUCAGAUGAAGGAGGUUUUACCUGCUUCUUCCGAGAUCACUCUUACCAAGAGGAGGCAGCGAUGGAAUUGAAAGUGGAAGAUCCCUUCUACUGGAUCAACCCUGGCGUGCUGGUGCUCAUCGCGGUCCUGCCAGUGCUCCUCCUACAGAUCACCAUGGGCCUCGUCUUCCUGUGCCUGCAGCGCAGACUCCGAGGAAAACUCUGGGCAGAGAUAGAGAAUCUCCACCGGACUUUUGAUCCCCACUUCCUGAUGGUGCCCUGCUGGAAGAUAACCUUAUUUGUCAUCGUGCCGGUUCUCGGACCCCUGGUGGCCUUGAUCAUCUGCUAUAACUGGCUACACCGCAGACUAGCAGGGCAAUUUCUUGAGGAGCUAAGAAACCCCUUCUGAAGGAUACCGCAUCUUGGCUGGGAUGAAGAAGAGCCUGGCUGGUCCAAGGAUCAGUCCUUGGGGAUGUCACAUCCAUUGAGUUGCACAUUCACUGGCCUCCCUCCACGCUGCAGGGACAUUGCAAUCUGCAUUUCCAGGAAUGCUCUGAAUUCCAAACAGGAUUGACUUCUCUUCUGUUUUACCUUGUCUGUCCCUUUCCCCAGC